UUUAUAAUGAUUUCGGAGUUCAAUGCAUUCGCCUUACCGGUUUCAUGAGAUUCCUAAUAAGCAUUGUUCGAAUGCUAGAAGAGCGGCCCAGUAUGUACCUGUAUGAGAUAAAGAAGGGUUUGAACAUUGGCCUCGCCACCACCUUUGAGUUCGGAUUUCCGAAUCUGUACUCAUUGAUUGCAGCACAUAAAGAUUUAUUCACAAUUAACAAUGGACAAACCCAAGAAAGAGCCGAUGUUUCCCUAACUGUUGACUGCGAACUUCGUCAGAGUUCUGGAAACAACCACCAUCCCACAUUGGGCUCCAUGACGCUACCAUAUUCCAAGCCCAGAGCCCAACGACGGUUCCAUGCCUCCUGUAAUGACCACAAAGGCACUAAGCCCCCAACAAAAACUCAAGCAAUUGCCAAAAAUUAUACCAAUAGUGUUAUAUCUGUGUGCAACUUUAAGUCUCAAGGUGACCAAGAUCACUUUGUGAGCGACAGUAGCAAAGUUUCACCGCCAGUAUAUUAUUUUCCUCCAAGAACCAACUCAUCAAUGCUCACUAGUUUCGGAUCCGCUCUUGAGGACGGAAGCUUGUGCAAAAGUGAAUGCAACAAGGAAAACUCGAUGAACUCAUCGCUUCAACUGUUUAACAGUUCAUUUAACUCGUCGGGCGAGCUUUACUCUAGUGUAGGUUCAGAAGAUUUGAACAAUAUAACUGCAAUAACAAAUAUCCCGGCGGACACUUCACAUAACAUGUCUUGCAAACUUUGGCGUAGACGUCAAACAAGCUUCUAUCAGCUUAAUUCAACUAAGCUGCCUUUCCUGGCUGAAAGAACGAACGGUUUCAUUUAUGAGGCACCGAAACCCGAUACGCCAAGAGUGAAGAAAUUACCAUUUUGGAUCGAUCCCAUUUGGAAUGAACGAUCAGAACACCUAAAGCAGAACAUUCUUAACAUUCGACUUCCCGAACUACAAACUCAUAACGUAAUUCCCAAGUUACUUUCGCCGUAUACUAUUUCAAAAAAUGAGAACUUAAAGCGUCAGUUGUUUAAUUUUGAUAAUCAUGAUCGGAAAAUAGCUUAAGUACCAGUACCGAUUUCCCUAAAUUGUUCUAUACUCAAACAUGUUGUUGUUGUGUAAGAGCAAAAGGAUUACAAAGCAUUUACUGAGCAUUCGAACGUGUUUUUCAGAAUGA